AUGAAAGUAGGACAACUGAAAAAAGCAGGAAAAAAGUCAGGAAAAAAGAAAGGGAAUAGUAAAGGAGCAGGAAGUGAAACAAUUCAAAUAAAUAGAAGAGAAAGUGAUAACUCUCAGAGAGAAUAUCAAACUAUUGAAGGACUUGGGAAAAGAGAUAUAGAAAUUGUAGGAUCGUCUAAGAGGGAAGAUUCUGAAAUGUAUAAAACUCUACCGAAUUAUCCAAGUGCAUAUGAAGGCUCUAUAAAUACUUAUGGUCAAGGCCAAAGUACAGUGUGAAAUGGCUUUCCUUCUGGCCCUCAUAAUUUUCUUAACAUUGAUGAAGAUGGACUUCCCGAUUUAAAUCCAAAGCAGUCUUAUUCUGUUGAAAUUCUUACAGGCUCUACAGAUAGUCUACCAGAUUUAAUUCCUCCAAACUAUUCUAGUAAUCUUGGCUAUACAACUUAUAAGACAGGAGGCAAUGAUAUCAGUGUUGCCAAUCCUCCAAAUUUAUCUAUAUUGUCGAAAAAUAUUUCAAAUCCAUACACACCAAACCCUGGGCUAUUUCAACUGCCUCCUGAUGAAAUUGAUGAUCUUCCAGAUAUUUCAGGAAUGGCCUUUAAAGAAGAAAGUAAAAUUCCUCCAAGUUUAUCAGCUUUAUCUUUAAAGCGAAUUCCUCAGCCAAUUGAAAGCACUUCAGCUGUAACAACUCCUCAGAAUCCAGCAAACAUGGCAAUUAAAAAGGCGCCGUUGGUAAGCAACCCAGUUUCAUAUAAUAGCCCAAUCCAGCCACAAACAAAAAUAGAUGAAGAUUUGCCAGAUAUUUCCAACUUAAAUGGCGGCUAUCAGUCAAGCAUGCCUAUUAAAAAAAUAUCCCAAAAAAUCGAAAACAUUUAUCCAGAGACUCCAAAAGGUCCUCCUCUUGCUCAAAAUAAUAAUUCAGAAUGUGAUAUUAAUAGCUAUGCCACUUUUUCAAUGCCUAAAAAUAAGGAAGAGCAAUCCUAUCCAAAUCCUAGUAUUCCCAUUGCAGAUUCUGUUAAAAAACAAAAACUAAAAUGCCUGGUCUGUGGAAAAACUAAAAAUACUGGCGCUCUUCCCUGUGGCCACGCGUUUUGCAAAAAUUGUUUGCUAAAGCAUGUAGUUGAAAAAACUAAACUUGUUUUAUUUACAAAAUACGAAGAGAAUAUAGAAGUCUCAUGCAUUUCAUGCGAUUAUGUUCUAAAUGAAGAGGACAUAAAAAAUGGAAUAGAUUUAAAGGUUUUCACAGCUUAUAAUAAUCGUAGAAAUGAUAGAUUAAUAUCACAAAGAAAUGCAAGAAUAAUAGAGGAUGAAGAAAACUAUAAAAAAUCUAUAGAAAAUAGCGAUGAGCAAGAGUUUUCUGAAUGCGGUAUUUGUGAAAAUAUUGUCUAUAGAACCUAAUUGAAUUUAAAAAUAUUUGCAAAUUGUUAUUUUAUGCCAUAAUUUAUAUAGGAAUCAGUGCUACCAUAAUUUAAAAAAUAAUAUGGGCACAAUGACUUAAACGGAGAAAGUUUAUACUUGAAAAUAUGUAUUUUAUUCCGAAGGACUGCUGCAAUAAGAAAAUUUGUGUUAUCUGUCAAAGCUAUAGUGAAACAUAUAGUUGUUGCUUGAAAUGCCUUACAGUUUUAAGCCAAGAAGCUACUUUAAAAGUAUGUGAAGUCAGAAAAAUUGCAAUGCUCAAAUUUUAG